AUGAGUAACUUGGACGACUGCGCCAGCCACGGGGCCCCCGGCGUCUACCUCCCCGCGGCCUAUUACCUCUCCCCCGCGGAGUUCUCCGGCAAGCCCCCGUUUUUGUCCCAGCCGCCUCCUUCCUGUCAGACGGCUUUGCCUUACGCCUCCGCCUUGCCCGGCCAGGUGCAACCGGUGGGCGAAGUGCCCGCCGCCUUCCGCGAUUACGUGGGAGGAGGCGGGAGCGGCAAAUGGGCUUACCGGAGCGCCUACAGCCCGGGUUACUACGAGGAGGUCUUGCACAGCCGGGACUUCCUGCAGCCGCCCGCCAGCAGGAGCGACGCCCUCUUCAAAAGGGAUCAGCUUUGCGGCACCCACCCCGCGCCUUUCUGUAGCGCCGUCGGCCGGAAUGGCGUUCUCCCGCAGGGCUUCGAUCAGUUUUACGAGGCGGCCCGCGACGGCGCCCCUUGCCCGACCGAGGCGGAGCGGGAGAGCAACGGGGACCUCAAGCCUCCGUCGCCGCCGAGGACCGCCGGGGGCCCAAGCCCCCACCUUCCCAGGCCGAAGAAGAAAGCGGGGAACGAAGGCGACGCGGAUUCCUCCUCGGGGGAGGCCCGCACUCUGAAAAGCCACCGCUCAGCACUGCCCCAGAGAUCCCGGAAAAAGAGGUGUCCUUAUUCCAAGUACCAGAUUAGAGUCCUGGAACGGGAAUUUUUCUUCAGCGUGUACAUCAACAAAGAGAAAAGACUCCAGUUGUCCAGAAUGUUGAACCUCACAGAUCGCCAAGUCAAAAUUUGGUUCCAGAAUCGAAGGAUGAAAGAAAAGAAGCUCAACCGAGACCGCAUGCAAUAUUUCACAGGAAACCCCUUAUUUUGA